AUGGAAAUUAUUUCAUCCAAACGAUUCGUUUUAUGGACCUUAGCCGCUUCAAGCUUGUUAACAUCCAACAUCUUUUGUACAGAUGAAUUAGUGCUGUCCCGUCUUCACAGCAAAAAAAAUUAUGACACAUAUUCCGAGCCUAGAAGAGAUUCUAAAUGGGAAAAACAAAGAAGUCUCAAUUUUGAAGAAUUAAAAGAUUGGGGUCCAAAAAAUGUCAUUAAGAUGAGUACACCUGUGGUCAACAAAAUGCCGCCCUCGGCAGCCAACCUGCCACUGAGAUUUGGGAGGACCACGGAAGAAGAGAGGAGCCCUGGGGCAAUGGCCAGCCUGCCUCUGAGGUUUGGAAGAAACACAGAAGACAGCAUGUCAAGAUGGGUUCCUAAUCUGCCCCAAAGGUUUGGGAGAACAAUAGCUAGAAGCAUCACCAAGGCACUGGGUGCUUUGCUCCAACAAUCCACGCGUUCACCGUCUGCCAAAGGGUUACUUUACUCCAUCACCCGCCAGCCCCAAGUCCAGAAACCUGAUCAAAAGAACCUAAGGAGACGAUUCAAGAAAAUAGAUGAUGCAGAAGUGAAACAAGAAAAAUAAGAACUCCAGAGCCUGUCCCUAAAGACAAUGCAAAACUGCAGCCAGUUAUCUGCAAGCAACUCAGUGGUGAACA